AUGGCAGCCGUGCUCAACAUCGGCGGUAGCGAUGAUCCAGCGUACCGGUACAAGAUGCCGGCGGUGGUCGGCAAGCAGGAGGGGCGCGGCAACGGCAAGAAGACGGUGAUCGUCAACGCGGCGGACGUCGGCAAGUCGCUCAAGCGGCCGGGCGAAUACCUCACCAAGUACUGCGCGGUUGAGCUCGGCACGAUCUCGACCUUCGACAAGACGCAGGGGCAGGGCUGCAUCACCGGCUGGCACGAGACCAAGGACCUGCAGGCGAAGCGGUUCAAAGACAAGACGAACAAGUUCAUCAAGGCGCGGCGAGUGGAGUGGGUGCUGUGCGCCAAGUGCAAGCUGCCGGAGACAUCGAUGGAGCUCGACUCGAAGAAGCGGAUCAUAUCUCCUCCUUCAGCCUCGGGCCUCACUCCACACUGUCUGUCCUACCAGGGCGGCGGGAACGCGAGCAAGGGCAAGAGCAAGGAGGACCGGCGCAAGGAGAAGGCGGCGAGGCAAAAGGGGGGCGGCGCUGCCGAGGAGGAGGAGGAGGAGGAGGCGGACGACACAAACGUCCCAGCCAAUGAGCUGAAGGAGCGCGCCGUCGGCAGCUUCGCGGAGCAGGGGGAGGAGGAGGAGGACGAGGACCAGGAGUGGUCCGUCGACACUUCUGCGGACGCCGCGAUGAAGGAGGAGGGGCUGGACGAGUUUGAGAUCGAGAAGCGGAAGAUCGGCGACGAGGUCCGCGCGGCGCUGGAGAAGUCGGAGGCGGAGGAGGACGCGAAGGCGCGCGUCGCCGUCGGCGUGAAGGCUCUGAUGGAGGCAGCCGAGAGCAGCGCGAGCUGGCGCGCCCUCCUCCGCUCACCGCGUCAUUGUGCGGAGUCGCUGUUUCGGCAGGUCGCCGAGAAGCGCGAGCUCCAGCCGCUCGACCUCUUUGGCCCUCCCGCUGACGGCGGCUUCCUCUUUGACGGCGUGCUGGAUGCGGCCGCUGUCACGACCCUCAAGGCGCACACGCGGCUGCUGCAGAAGCUCUACAAGGCCGUAGUUGUGAGCGGCGAGCUGUUGGUCAUUCAGGCGCACAUGCGGCUGCUGCAGAAGCUCUACAAGGCCGUAGUUGCGACGCCCGACAAGAAGAAGACGCAGUCCUCUGUUCACAGCUUGCAGGCGCUCGUGGGCCGCGUGCCGGAGCUGGAGAAGAAGGCUCGCGCCCACCUCAAGUUGGAGCACCGACGACGACAUCGGACGAGCCCCCUCGUGCCGACCCUGCUCAAGCUGCUGUACGACGCGGACAUCCUCGACGACGAGGACGUGCUCUUCAAGUGGCACGAGAAGGAGUCGAAGAAGAAGCUGGGCCGCAAGGUGCGCGAGGCGGCGGCCCCCUUCAUCACGUGGCUCAAGGAGGCGGACGACGAGUCGGAGGAGGAGUCGGACUGACCCCGCCGCCGCACGGCAAGCUGCGCCCGUUUCCCGUGCACGUGCAGGGCACGUGCCCUGGACGUGUCCUGCACGUGUCCGCGGAAUCGCGCGCUUCCGCCGGCCGAGAGUGGCUGGCCAUGGACCGCCGGUUGGCUGGAGGCACCGGGCGCGGCGGCGGCGGCGGAUGCACCGCCUUCUCUGCUGCGCCCGGCACGCGUGGGCCGCUGUCGAGGAUGCCCGCCGCGGCGACGCCCCAUCACCCGUUUCAGGAGGAGAAGUUGCAGAGCGUAUGAGGUAGGAGUCCAGAGGAGUAGAGGGUGUCGGGGGCGUAUCUUGCUAUGUCUACGUCACUGCAAACA